GAGUCGUGUUGACAGUGGAAGACGAUGGCCAUGCUGCCGCCUCCGACCCCGAACAAUUACUACUGCAUUACUACAACUGUGAGUACGUUCAUGCCAGUAGGAAGAGCUUUUUAAUAUUUAAUGUGACAGCGACCGGUGUUUUGUGAUGAUACUGAGGAGCUGGCUCCAUCCCGUAUGAUAACCGGUUGCUAGCAGACACAGUGUGACAUCAUCGCAUCCGAAGUAAUCUGCCGCCCGGCCCGCUCCCCGUCCGACUGUCAGGCUGCCACGGAGACGGAGUUGCACGUACCUGCGGCAGGAGUAUGAAUCGGCUGUGUGUCCUCACUACGACCAUCUUUCGUUCAUUGAUGGCCGCAGCGCUCACGUGCUACCUGGGGCAGUUUGUGAAUGAACCAACGGUGAUAUGAGUGAAUGGAGUUGGCUGCUGUGUCACAGUUGGGGUAAUGGACGGGAUGGCUACGGCCUGUGGGCCAGGUGAGAGUGACAGGGGGUUAGAGAAUGACGCGGUGAUCGAGGACACCGGGGGCGGGCAACAGACUACGGGGACUAACACAAAACGAAGGAAAGGAAAAUCGAAGGAAUCAGAAGUCGAUUUGAUUGAUAACACUUCGGCAAACCAAACUUCUAAAAAUGAACAGUAUUCUGUAAACCUCCCAGGCGUGCUCCCCGGCAGUACACUGAGAAAUGUUGUUUACUAUCAAAAUCGAUUCAUUGUGUUAGAUACAAUACCAGCCAAAUCUGGCGCGCAGACAACGAACGGAGAUGCUACAACAGAUGUCCACAAGAGUGUGCUACAUACCGGAUGCGGCACACUGCGCAUGUCUGAGAGAAAUGCUAGUGGAUCAGGCGAGAAAUCGAAUGAAAGAACGGCGCGUGCUGCAGGUGGAGCAGACGACAGUUUGUUGGUGCGCGGGAAAAGAGGUAAAAUGGAAAUGGACGCUUCAUCUGUUACUAUGGAUGCACGUGCAAUUGAAAUUGUUGUAAGUGAUGAAUCUGACUCUCAAAGGAUGCAUUCUUCGACCAGGCACCCUCUAUGGAAGCGUAUUACAAGUGUUAUGCGAGACAACCGGAUGAAGGGCAGACGUGACUGUGAUGUGGUGUUGAGGGACCAUCCGGAGGAGUACAUUGUACUUAAGCGAGUUUUAAACAUUGUGUUUGUUACAAUCGGAGUAGCCCUGCUGCUGUCUGUCUUUAUCGUGAUCAUCUACACAUCAAUAGUCGGUGAUCCUGAAAACAUCGAUAUGCGAAGAGGCGCCGACAUCCUCGCCGAAGCUAACAAUGCAUCUGGAUCAACAGUGGUUCGACAAAAGCGGUUUGCGGUGGAUAUGGACUGGGACAACCAUUGAGGGCGUGGUCCUGGAAUGGUGUUGCACGGUAAAUGGACACAUUAUGCAAAUGGAUCAAACAGCUGGAGCCUGUGUAUUGGUUUGUGAUCUGCAAGCUCAGAUAUACAGCUGUGCUCAAACACUUAGUCUUUUGUGACGGAUUAACGCUGGUGACAACGACAUCUUCCACGUCAUGGACGUGCGGGAUAUGUAAAAUGUGCGCAACACUGCAACACAAGCUAACCCAUGUGAUUCUACCACGAUGUAGGUGAUGGAGAAUGCACUAUAUAUACAGAUAUCCACACACAUCUUGGACCAAAUAGGACUAUGGUUAACAUCAACUGCCAAACAGACAACGUCAAGCCAAACUGGGAAAGACCAAUUAAAUAGGAAUGAAUUUUGGCCGUUAUGCAUAUCAGGAAGUUACUGCAAGUUGGAAAAUUGGUAACGAUAUAUAAACAUAGAAACUGAUGAGCGAACAAUGCAGACCACAUUGUUCUGAUAAUGAUUAUGAUGAUGAUGGGCUAUCAGUCGGAUCGUGAAUUGGGAAAUGACACCACGUACCCCAUAUUCGUGCUACUCAAUGUGCUAUGUCUGACGUCACCAGUGUGUUUUUCUGAGGAGGGAUGCCACCAACAGCACCCGAUGAGGUAGCUGAGGUGCUUGUGUUCUGUGUGACGCCUGACGCUGUGGGAUCAGUCAUAUUCUGACUGACCCGCUGUGGGAUCAGUCAUAUUCUGACUGACCCGCUGUGGGAUCAGUCAUAUUCUGCUUAUAUACGUUUCUGCUCACUCGUUCUAUUUUUGUGCAAAAUGUCGUGGCGUUUGUUUCAGUUGCCACAGUUUUGAAUUGCAUAAUUAUUUUUAUAUAUAUAUCUGUUGAUAUCUU